AUGAAGAAAUCCGUGACGUGGGCUCCUCUUGAGUCCGAUCUGGGGUCUGGCAAAGUCAGCCUCACCUUGCAGCGAGUCUGCCGGGCCCCCCCCUACACACUCACACGCCCGGUUUGGUUAAGUGACAGGCGGUUCCCUAGCAACGGGGCGGGGGGGGGGUUGGAUUGUGAGCCUGGCAGAGGGGGCCGGGCGGGUGCAGGUGAGGCAGCCGGUUCUCUGCCACCCUGCCUUUGGGCUGCCCCCCGUCCCGGGGCCGGCAGGAGCCUUUUCUCUGCCGCUGCUGCUGCUGCUGCUGCCUUCCCCUCCGAAGGCGGUUCCACGGGAAGGGAAGCCCCGUGUGGGAUCAGUAAGCGCUCUGCAUACACAUCCAGUGACUACAUCGUGGAGGAGAAGGCAGCCGUCCUGCAGAAGAGGGAGCAUGAGGGCUUCGGAUUCGUCUUGCGAGGGGCCAAAGCCGAGACUCCAAUCGAGGAGUUCACUCCCACCCCUGCUUUCCCAGCACUCCAAUACCUGGAAUCCGUGGACGUGGAGGGCGUGGCCUGGCGAGCAGGACUUCGCACAGGAGACUUCCUGAUUGAACCAGAAGGAAAAGCUGUUCUGGGGGUCUCCUGUGGCGCCUGGGGCAGCCCUCCCGUUCCAGAUCGCCCCCCAGGGACACAGAAUCUGGCUUCCGGGGGGCUGUCGUGGGGCCUCUACCGGGGCCUGGGCCGGACACCCCUCCUCCCUUGGGGUAGAGCAGGUGCCCGGGAGCACCCAGGAUCCUACGGAGGACUUGAGGUCUGCAAAAGCUGGGGGAGCUUGGCAGUGCUCAUAUGGAGCCGCUCCCCGGCAUCAUCAUCGUCGUCGCUGCUGGGUGGGCCAGCUAGGGAGUCCCUCCGGCUACCCCUGCCCGCUGGCUUCCCACCCGGCCUGCGUGGGCAGGGCGGCCCCAAGAGCCACAUGCCCGCCGGUGCCCAUCCGGGGGCCUGGCCGGAGCACCCCCUCCCCGGCCGCGGGACCAUGAAGCCGUUCGCCUCCACGCGCAGCCUGCACAAGAUCCUGCAACAGUGCGACUCCUCGUCCCGCGAAUACGAGGAGAUCCAGGCCGUGGAGACCAAGUGGCACCUCCACCUGGCCACGCCCCGCAAGAUCCUGGACCGGAAGUGCAAGAUGCCCUCUCUCUUCCUUUCAGCCCCGCCGCCGCCCAAGAGGGCCCCCAGCACCACGCUGACCCUGCGCUCCAAGUCCAUGACCGCGGAGCUGGAAGAGCUGGGAGUGGCGUCUUGUUCCCGGAAGACAGGGGCAAAAGAUAGGCAGUUUCAUGGCUCAGGUUUGCUUGGGAGCCCCAGAUGUGUUCAGCCCAACCGGGGGGGCUGUGGGCACAGUGAGCAGGCUGGGAGGGCCGGGGAGGCGGGGGCAGGGUCCAGCUUGGUUUGGCCUGUGGAAGGGGAGCGUGGCAAGAGCCCCCUGGGGAAACUGAAAGGCGACUCCCCCAAACAGCCUGCCCAGCUGUCCACAGCCCGGAGGGCCAAAUGCCGCCUCUGGGGCUUUGCAGGUGAAGAUGAGAAAUUUGCUGCCUCCAUAAUGGAUGGGAAAUUUCCCAGGAGCACCUCAAUGCAAGAUACUGUCAGAGAAGGGCCCGGCAUACCACCCCCACCUCAGACCGCUCCACCCCCUCCACCUUCCCCCUAUUAUUUUGACACGGGCGCACCCCCCUCCUUCUCCCCCCCUCCGCCCCCGGGAAGAGUCUACGACACGAUUCGCUCCAGCUUUAAGCCCGGCUUGGAGGCCAAGCUCCACGGCUUGCCCCAGGUCAUCAGCGCCGCGGAGAUCUACGACCAAGCGCGGACUUCCGUCUCCUACCCCGAAAGGCAGAAGCGGGCCCGCUCCAUGAUCAUCCUCCAGGACUCGUCCCACAUCCCCGUGGAACCCACCGACAUCCCCCGGCCCGGCCCCUCCGCCACGCCCCCCGAGAAGCUGAAGCGGAAGGGCCGGGUGGUCGACAACCCCUACGCCAACAUGGGCCAGUUCAACGUCAGCCUCUUUGCCCCCACCAAGCCCCAGCGGAAGAAGAGCCCGCUGGUGAAGCAGCUGCAGGUGGAAGACGCCCAGGAGCGAGCGGCGCUGUCCAUCGCGAGCGGCUUCACCCGGGAGCCCUCCCCCACCCGGCGCGCCCACCGCCUGAGCGGCAUGGAGUACCCGGCGCAGGUGGAUCCCGCCAGCCUCCCCUUCGCCACUGCCAUCGCCGGCGUCAUGAAGGACCGGGAGCGACGCCUGGAUGAGAAGCGGAAAUCCACUGUCUUCCUCUCCGUCGGGGCCAUCGAAGGGAGCCCCCCCACGAUAGAGAUGCCGUCUCUGCAGCAGUCGCGCUCCAUCGACGAGCGGCUGCUGGGCAGCCGGGAUGUGCUCCUGCCUUCGCCCGUCUCAGCUUUAAAGCCAUUGAUCAGUAGUUCCUCCUCCACGUUCAUCCACCCCCUCACCGGGAAGCCCCUGGACCCCAACUCUCCGCUGGCUCUCGCGCUGGCCGCCAGGGAGCGGGCGCUGUCCACCCAGGUCCCCUCCCGAGUGCCCACCCCCAUCCACAGCCCGGACUCCGACCGUGCCGCACCCCUGUUUGUGGACAUCCAAACCAAAGAACAAGAGAGGGGGGAGCUGGAGGGCCUGAUUUCACCCGCGUACUCACCCGGGGCCAAGGCGCCCACGCCGGGCGCUCUGACUCCCACGCAGAGCCACUGGGGGAUCCCGCCGAUGGGGAGGAGGGAGGGCGAGGCGCGAGCCCAGACGCCGGUGAGGGAGGAGAAGAAAGCCGAGGACAAGAAGUCGAUGAUCAUCAGCAUCGUGGACACGUCCCAGCAGAAGACGGCGGGCCUCAUCAUGGUGCACGCGACCAGCAACGGCCAGGACCUCGGGUUUGAGAUGAUGGAGGAGAAGCCGCCCGUCCCCGAGGCGGGCCCGGAGCCGGCGGAGGUGCCCGUCAUGGAGGCCCAGCCCAGCCCCGCGGCAAAGGCGCCCGUCAGCCCGGCCUCCGACAAGGCUCUUGGGCAGGGCAGUUCAGAAGAGGAAGUGGAGCCCUACACAGUCACCCUGCCCCCCGCCCAGCUGUCUUCGAGCGACGAGGAGACCCGAGAGGAGCUGGCCAAGAUCGGCCUGGUUCCUCCCCCGGACGAGUUUGCAAACGGGGUCCUGGUCACCACCCCCGGCACACCCAUCAGCCAGCUGGCUGCUCCAGCAGUUGCCACGCCAUCCGUACCAGCGGCAGCAGUAGCACCUUCUACCACUGGUGGAACACCCUCAGGGAAGCCCUCUGAUGCCCCCACAGCCCCAGAGUCUGCUGCAGACUCCGGAGUGGAAGAGGUGGACACCAGGAGUUCAAGUGACCACCACCUGGAGACCACAAGCACCAUCUCCACCGUCUCCAGCAUGUCCACGUUGUCCUCGGAGAGCGGGGAGCCCACGGACACGUACACUUCCUUCGCGGACGGACAAACUUUUAUACUCGAGAAGCCGCCAGUGCCUCCAAAGCCAAAACUCAAGUCCCAGCUCAGCAAGGGGCCGGUUACUUUCAGGGACCCACUUUUGAAGCAGUCUUCGGACAGCGAGCUCAUCGCCCAGCAACACGCGGCCAUCCUGGCUUCCGCCAGCAUCGGCCGGCCACGCUACCUCUUUCAGCGAAGGUCCAAGCUGUGGGGGGACCCCCUGGACAGCAGGCCAACCCACGGGGCUGAGGACGACAAACCAACUGUGAUUAGCGAGCUGAGCUCUCGGCUGCAGCAGCUGAACAAGGACACGCGCUCCCUGGGGGAGGAGCCCGUGGGGGGCGUCAUCGACCCCGGAAAGAAGUCCCCGGUGGUGGCAGCACGGUUGCACCCGGACCUUCCCUUCCCUCACACUUUUUGCCCCCCUCACACCACAGCCCUUGCGGGCCGCCGAGUGACGGGGCUGUCGGAUGUGAGGGAACCCCCCGGGCUUCUUCCGGAAGAGGCAGAGGACCCGCUGGGAAGGUCUUCCCUCCCCCAUCUAGUUCCUAUCGCCAAGGAGGUCGUCAUUUGUGUUGAAAGUGGGCCGAAGCAAGAAGCAAAGGAAUUCUGGGAGGCAGCCAGAUCUUCCGCUGGGGACUCCGGUCUUAGCGCUAGGAAGCUGCAAAACGUUUGGCACCCGCACUUCUCACGUCAGGCCUGCCAGGCGAACGGGGGCGGGCGGGUCUCAUAUGACUUCCACGGGUCCUUCCGCUGCCUUGCCCAUUGGUCGUCGGAGCACCCCACCCGCACCCCGGUCCUUUCUCUCUGGAGCUUUUUGCCACCGCUGCCUUUCCUUCCGAAGAGUCCUUUGUGUCGUUCCCCACCCCCACCCCCCAAUCGUUCUGACAGCCAGGCAGUUUGCCACUCGUGCUUUAAAAUAUCCACACCCCACCUGCUGAUUGAAGCAAGGGUCCCAAACCUUUUCAACACUCGGGGGACCUCCGACACAGGGUUGUGGGUGCAACCACAGAAUGAACGGCCUCUGCAGGAGAUGAAACCAGCCACAAAAGGUCUGGGAAUGAGGUUAUGCGUAAUUCUCAACAAACCGGCGGCAUUCGGGCAAGGGCUGGGCCAGGCACUCACAAACGGAGCGCCGCCCCCCCCCCCCCCAUCAACACACUGCCAAUUCUGUGCCAGGGAAGCCGUAGAGGAGAGUUCUGUGGGGCACAGCAGCAAGAGGGGCGACUACUCCAGUUCAGAGGGAAGGACCCUUAUUCCAACUGACAGUCUUCACAGAGGCAGGCUGAGACUGGAGAUCCGCCUCAGGCCUCAGGAGGGUGGGCGAGCUGUACUUUUCAGUAGUUUAGGAGAACUGAGCACCAUUUCCCAGCGGAGCUCUGGCACCACCUACACCGUGCGCCCCGGCAGCCGCUACCCUGUGACCCGCCGCACCCCCAGCCCGGUGAAGCCCGCCCUGGACCGGACAGACCCACUCAGCACCGUGCGACCCUACGGCCUCACCCCGCCCACCAUCCUCAAGUCGUCCAGCCUCUCCAUCCCGCACGAGCCCAAGGAGGUGCGCUUUGUGGUGAGGAGCGUCAGCGCCCGGAGCCGCUCCCCGUCGCCCUCCCCUUCCCCGGGGCCCCCCCUGCACACCCUCCACCCCCCGCGGCCCUUCAUGCAGAAACCCCUCCACCUGUGGAAUAAGUACGACGUCGGGGACUGGCUGGAAAGCAUUAACCUAGUGGAGCACAGGGACAAGUUUGAAGACCACGAGAUCGAGGGCACCCACCUGCCGGCCCUGGCCAAGGAGGACUUUGUGGAGCUGGGGGUGACGCGGGUCGGGCACCGCAUGAACAUUGAGCGGGCGCUCAAGCAGCUGGUGGACAGCUGACCAUCCCGGGUAGCCCUGGCCUCUUCCGGGGCCGACUCACUAGCAGGUGGGGGGGUUGCUUCUCCUAGACUAGGGAACAGGAACCCUGUGGAUUCUCUUCCUACUCUGACCACUGCACUGAAGGGCAGGGCAUGGGCCAGGACCCCCCCUCUCUUUCCCCCUCUCCGCUGCUGCCGCCGUGCAUCCGGCCUCCCUCUUGGAGAACAGGGAUGUUGCAUGACCCACCCCUACCCUCGUCUCUUUCUCCCAGGACGCCUGGCGGGUCUCUCGCGGGACGUGCCCUUCCUCAAGAGAGUCGCUGCAGGACGGGAGGUUUGGGAGGAGAAGAGGGGGUACCGGGGGGUGCUCCUCUCCAAUAGACCGCAUCCCUACGGAGGGCCCUGCGGCAGCAGGCUCAGAUCAAAGGCGGGGAGGGGGGACCGUUUGUGGGCUCUCGGCAGGGGAAAGAGGACUCUGCCCAGCUAGACCUGGGGGUGGGAGCAGCCUUGCCGGGGGUCACAAAAGGCCAAAAGUCGCCGGAUGGUCUCCGGGGUGCAAAACGGCCUUUUGGAGAGCCAGACGCUGACUUGGGAGGUCUUUAGAAAGGUGCUGAGACUCUCCUCGCGGACCCUCGAAGUUGGCUUGGUGUGCCAUCUGCCAGGAAGUCUGGACUGGCGUGAGCAGUCCGCGUGCUGGGCCCGCAGGCCUCAAGGGGGCAGGAGUGGGGGGCAUCAGUUGCCAAGAGAGGGUGCUGGCGAAGCCGCAGCUGGAGGGGCUUCUGCUGAGGUGCUGGGGGCCAGCAGGAUUAGACCCAAAGGGAACCCAUGUGGGAAGUCAGCAGGAUCUCUCCCCCUGCUGGUGGAGUUGGUGCCCCCCUCCCAUGCCUGCCCCGCGAGGAACACCCGCAUUGCCAUGAGGACGAGACGCCCGGGGAGAGGGCAAGACACACACACACACACAUGUACACACACACACACACGGAGAAGGCCCUGCCUUCCAGCGGACCUGGUUCUUGUGCCCUGGUGAGGGGGGUGGGGCUGAAGUCGCAUGGAUAGAAGCAUGUUUGGGGGCAUCGGAGGGAGGCAAGGCGCGGGUCCUGCCGCUUCUGCUUUGCCGACGUUCACGGGGGAGGGGGGGUGUCUCGUUUUCUCUGGGGUCGUGGGACGCAUCGAAGGAGUCUCUAUAAUCUCUGUGCAUUUCUGUAGAUCUGCCGGUGAUCCAAACAAGGAGGAUCCGCCCGGCACCAGAAACCCGCCCACCCGCCCGCCCACUCUGUCUGAGUCACCCAUUUUUGCAUCUUUUUAAUCAGCUAUAUAUUUGAAAAGGAAAAAAAAAGAACAAAUAUCUAUAUAUCUAUAUCUAUAGCCACCUUGUUUUGUUUAUGGUUUACUAAAGCUAUAUCUCGCUAGGCGGGGGGGCACCGUGCCGUUCCCCCCCCCCCCACAAUGCUUGUGGGAGUUUUUAGUGACUGAAUGAAUGUCAGGGAAAGUUCUUUUGAAAUCUGCUCUGAGGUUUGAAGGUGGGGCAGUGGUGGGUGGGUGGGAUUUAGAACUGCUCCUGGUUUUGAGGAUACGCCAAGUCUUCCAUUCUUGCUGGGCAGAGCUGCUGGAGAGGCUGGGGGGGGGGGUCCGGGGGGCUGCCUCAGUCCACCCCCCACACACACUCUCGCACUUUACUUUCUUUUCCUUCCGCAAAGAGGACAGUAUUGGGUUGCCAACAUGCUUACAGGAGACCCUGGAGAUCUCCCGGAAUUCCACCUGAGCUCCAGACAACCGAGAUGAUUUCCCCUUGAGGAAACAGCUGCUCUGGGGGGCGGUGAUGUGGGGAACGUCCAGGAUCCCCGUGUCUUAUCAAGAGGUGACCCAUAUGCCCCAUGGAGGCCCCUCCCCACUCCCCAAAUCGCACUCUCCUCAGGCUCAGUUCCCCGUCCGUUUCUCGAGCCAGAGUCUGCCGCCCGCAGCUGCCACCAUGUGAGGAAGCUGAGCCCCAGGCCUUCUCCGGCUCCGUCCUCGAUCUCCAGGGGUGUCCCAAACUGGAGCUGGCAGCUCUACCGGAGACCAGCCGUGGGGCGGGGGCGGGGGGUUGUGUGGAGGGGUCUCUUCCAAGGCAGGAGCUGGUGAUCGCAGGCAGCGUCAACCUCCAGUCCUCAGAGUGCGAUGGGAAGCCACGCUGGCCAGCACAAGAGAGCCCAAAGGGCGUCCAGGAUCCCAUCUGGAUGUGGCCUCCCUGAUCUCCAAGGGCCCGGCAGGCUGGGACCGAGGAGCCUGCUCCAUCCAUGGCGGUGCUGCUCCUGGGGGCAAGGGCCGUGGCUGUCUGGCCUCUGCUGGCCGUCCUGGGACCAGGCGGGGCGUGAAGGGGGUUUGCUGCAGAUGGGACGGGUUUAGGAAACCACCUCCCCUGGCCCCAGUUCAGGCCCUGCUCAGGCUCUUGGCUUGGCUGCUGAGACACCUCUUUCCAGCCCAUGCCCAGCCUGUGCCGGAGUGGUGGGGACAGUGCCGGGCAUGCGGGCAUCUUGCCCUGUAGAGGCAUGGGCCCCUCAAACACACACACAGCCUCUGAGUUGCUCCUGCUGGGCCAGGAGUGGACUUUGCUGGGGCUCUCUGCAGGUGCCCAAUUACGGCUCUGGUCUCUGACCCCAGCGUGGGAACCGCUGAGCCACUCAACUGGGCAACGCAGCUGGGUCAUCUGAUGGCCUGACUCUCUCCCCCCCUGCCCUCCCCCCGGUCUCUCGGUCACCUUAAACUAUGGCCAUAGUGGAAGGCAGGGAGGAUGGGACAGAAUCGCUGGUGGUGGAGUUUCUAGGUAAGGAGCUCUUCCGUGGCUCAGCUGGUGGCUUCCAAACGUGGCCAUACCCAGUUAGCAUUUCUCAGCCUCCCCCUAGAAAGUGGGGUGGGUGGCUGACCUUGUCAGCUCCAAGAAGCUAAGCGCGGUUGACCCUGGCUAGUAUUUAUGAGAGACUUCCAAGAGAUCCCGGGGUGAGGCACCGAGGCAAGCAAUGGCAGCUCACCUCCAAACACCACUUGCCUUGAAAACCCUACAGCACAGGUGUCAAACUCGUGG